GGGAAAAAUCGUUUACUUUUCUCUUGUGUGACUCGAAGUUACCUAUGCAUAUAGAAUACAGGGGAAAGCAUUUUUAUUCAUAGAAAAUGGACUUUUAUAAUUUAUUAUUUUACGUUAAAAUACACUUGAAGAAGGGUAUUAAGUAUAAGAGAUUGUAAAUAUGAGAAUGUUGUAAUUAUCCAUCUAGAAUCAUGGGUGCUAUUUAGCCGCAUUGUAAAUAAUUCGGGCGAUGAAUCGUGGUAGCACGCUGCAGUAUUUUAACGAUGAUGUAUAGAAUUAUAGGAUUAAUUUGAACAUACUUCCGUGAUCAAGUGAUAAUAAUGAGGUUUCAUAGGCGAUGUGGGGAUAGGGUUACGUUACUUAACGAGAACACAACUGCAAUAAGAAAUUUUGUAGAGUUCAAUCAUGGCUUAAUAUUGAGUGCUGAACCUUUGAAAGAUGAUGUUAUGUUUGAAGUGGGUAUUGAUAGAAAGGUUAAUGUAUGGAAUGGCAGUCUUGAGAUUGGGGUCACCACAUUGGACCCUGAGUUUAUGGAGCUACCAGCAACUGCCACUAAAUUAAGAAAUACUGCAUGGAUAAUGUCUGGUAGCUCAAUAGUUAAGGAUGGUGUAACUCUAGUCAAUCAGUAUGGUCCAGAGCUUGACACUCUGCGGGAAGGAGAUUGUUUGGGGGUCAUGCGCACCAGCAAAGGGGAGUUGAUGUUUUACGUCAAUGGUCGCUGCCUUGGUGUUGCUGCCAAAGAUUUACCACCACGAGUAUUUGCAGUCAUAGAUUUGUAUGGCCAGUGUGUACAGGUUUCGAUUGUGCAUGCAAAUGGCAUGAGACCUAUCAUGGAGACCAGCUUAGAUCAGAUCGAAGAAGACCCAAACAACGAUGACACCUUGACACUCAGUGACAUGGAUGUGGCUGGACUUCCUCCAGAAACGUCAUAUCCUAAAGAAACUAGAGAUAUUUACAUUCCAAUGACGUCUGAGGGUGCUUGUGCUCUUGUGGCACUGGACCGUUUGCGCUUCCAUCCACGGUGUGGCAUACUAGUCAAGUUAUCUAAUAAUAACAAAUCAGCGGAGCGCGCGAGGCCGGUGGACGAUUAUAACAAUGGGGUAGUGAUGACGCACAGACCUCUGUACGAUAAUGAACUCUUCGAGAUACGUAUCGAUAAACUGGUGGACAAAUGGAGUGGCAGCAUUGAGGUGGGUGUGACCACGCACAACCCAGCCACGAUUCGGUUUCCCUCCACGAUGACGAACAUGGACACCGGUACAAUCAUGAUGUCAGGCUGCAAGGUGCUGCUCAAUGGUCACGGCACUUGUAUGGAGUACGGCAACUUCAACCUCGAUGAACUUAGGGAAGGAGAUACAGUUGGUAUGAUGAGGAAAGAUAACGGCAAGUUGCACUACUUCAUUAAUGGAGUAGACCAGGGAGUGGCCACUGACAAGGUCGAACAACAGGUGUGGGGCGUUGUUGAUCUAUACGGGAUGACUGUCAAGGUUUCCAUAGUAGACCCUUGUGAGGACGUUGACAGCAAUAUCAACAACGUCCCAGUACCGCUAGACACUCCCGAUCUGCCGGCUACUAGUCGGUUUAAACCUCAAAUAGAUGAGGAUAGCCUUUUAUUUCAUACGCUGCGUGAUUCGAAUGUUAUUAUUAUUAACGAUGGUAAGACUGCUCAUAGGCCUAAUGCUUUCGAGUUCUUCAACAACGGGAUAGUGAUGACAAACCGCACUCUAAAGACGAACGAGUUGUUCCAAGUGCGACUCGACCUCGUCAUCCCAAAAUGGGCCGGAAGCAUUGAAAUUGGGGUCACGCAGCAUUCUUCUAAUGAUAUACAAUUUCCAUUCAAAAUGAGCAAUGCAAAAACCGGCACUUGGGCAAUGACCGGGGAAGACGUCAUCAGAGACGGUACCAUCAUCAUACCGCAGUACGUGAGGAAUCUCAACAGACUUGUGGAAGGGGAUACAGUCGGCGUCAUGCGCAAAGACAUGGGGAUCCUUCACUUUUUCGUGAACGGCGCAGAUCAAGGCCCUGCGGCGUUUAACAUACCCGAACAUGUCUUCGGGAUAAUUGAUUUAUACGGCCGAGUAGCACAGGCGACGAUCGUGGACACGUACAUGCCGCCUCCUGUGUAUUCACCUGAAUCUCCACUCUCCACUGAAUCUAAUGCCACAAUAUACCCGGAGAUGUGUUUCCACCGCGUGCACGGCCGGAACGCGCGACUGAGUCGCAACCGGCUGACGGCGUCGCGCGCAACAGUGUACUCUGAGUUCAACGAUGCCGUGCUAUUCAGCUCGCGACCGCUCCGCGAGUGCGACAUGUUUGAACUACGCAUCGACAAGAUGGUCGACUGCUGGAUCGGCAGCCUCGAGAUAGGUGUGACGGCAAUCCGCCCCGAAGACUUGGACGUGAAUGGCGGCGUGGGCGCCGUGGCGGGGACGGCCACCGACCUGAACUGGGACACGUACAUCCUCAGCGGCGCGGCCAUGAUGAAGGACGGCGAGUGCGUGCGCAGCGGGUAUCCCCUCGACUUGGAUACGCUCACCGUCGGCAGUCGCGUCGGUAUGAUGUGGCAUGCAGACCGCAGCUUGCACUAUUAUCUCGAUGGAAUGGACAUGGGCAAAGCAUGGUAUGUGCCCCAUCUCAACAUCUACGCCGUCGUCGACCUCUACGGACAAUGCACGCAGGUAACAAUCCUGCAGAACGAAGAGAGGACGUUCAACUACAACGGCUGCACGAACUCUGAUAAUUCUUUGUUGACUAACUCUCGCGCACUGCCCUCACCGCCUCCGCCAUACUGGAGUUUCUCCGAGUAUUGCGGCGACAACGUAUGUCUGAUGCAUGACUUCUCAGUGGCCCGGCGUCUCACGCCUGACCCUAUGGCAGGCCUCGUUUUCAGCUCUGCGCACCUUGCCAUCGGUGAAAUUUUCGAGAUAAAAAUAGUGGAGUGCAAGUACAGUUUCGCAGGCAGCUUCCGUAUGGGAAUCACGGAUAUAAAUAUUCUGAAUGCUCACGUACAUAGAAGCCUACCUCCGUCUAUUUGUUAUUUACCACAUUACACCGCUUAUAUUGACGGGUGUUAUAUGAAAUAUUCGAAGCUGGGCUCGCGUGGUCAAGAUCUACGUGCAUUUGUACCGUCGUUUGAAUGGCUACGACCGGGAGACCGCAUCGGAUUUAAAAAGACAAGCGAUUCCAGAGUUCUCGUCUAUUACAACUCCGAAUUACUCGAAAUUGCUUUUGAGAAAGUGCCCGAUAAAGUUUACGUUGUUAUCGAAAUUUUCGGCCACGUAACAAAAAUACAGGCAGUUUCUCGUGUGACGUUUGUCGGUAUACCGCUCGCUCAAGCAACAAUUAUGAACGACGAGUGUCACAAAACGCCUAUUUCGGUCUCGGAGGCAGGAUCGCAACAAUCUUCCAACGGAGAUCAGUUAGGGAGUGCACAGAUGGAGGGUAGAGAAUUGGCUGCAACAGCGUCGGGAGCCGACGGAGCUGGUACCAGCGCGGCUGCUACGACGGCUCCUAGUGGAUUUGCUGGAGCUGAAAAUCCCCCUGGUGCAGCCGCGGGCGCUGCCGCAACUGGCGCCGCCGAUGCGACUGACGCCGCUUCCGGCGCCGAGGGCGGAGCCUCGCCGCCAGCAUGUGUGCCGCCUGUUCGACCAGUGCCGAGGGAGGGACGGGAGGUCCGACCUACGCUACCAUACACCUUCCACAAUGUGCACGGUUCAAACAUACGUCUUUGCAGCUCAGGUACUGGUCAGUAUAUACCACGACCGGACACCAGGAAAAGCUUCCUGAGGAGUCUUGCCUCUCUGAAGAAUUUACGAUUACUGGCGUUAGAAUAUGCGCAUAUAGCUGAUGGGACGGGCGGGGCACUCAUUACGCUCAUUCCGGUACUGAAGAGACCGCACUUUCGCUUACAGCUUUUGUGUCGUAGGGGACACAUACCCCACUACACUGACGCCGCUCUAGGUGAGGCUGGUUACGACAUCCCGGACACAGUUUGGAAGCAAGUGUCUAUAGCGUGUCCAGAUCUCUUCUUGUUUAUGGCAUUUCAUCGCAUUCGUGAUUACGAUAACAUACGAAGAUUUCUAACUCCGAGCAUACCACUGCGCGAGACACACAUGCAAUUUGGUAUGGACCUUAACAUCAAACAGCGGCAAGACUCGGACAUCAGCUGUUUCGUACGACAUAUCGCUUAUCAAUACGCCAGUACAUUGGUUACCUUGAGUAUCCACCAAUGGCGGUUCGCAAUUUUCCCACUUCGUCGAAUUUUCGAACUGAUGCCCUUCUUAGUACGGUUCUCGUAUGUGGGCCGCAUUGACGAUGAGGUCGACCUACAGCGUAUGCUGCGCACCGUAGCUUGCGGCGUACAUCACAAAUUGAAACAUAUAUGUAUUCAAAUCCAAGAUGAAGAGAAAAAACGAGACUAUUGGCGUAAGGUUGUGGACUCCUUAACAGCAGAGUUCAAAGAUAUUAUGGAACUGUACGAAAUAUAUUUUUGCCUCAGCAUUUACAAAAAUUAAUAAAGUCUUCAAAUAACUCAA